GGUGUACGUACCUAUCGUAGGAGGUAUAAACCCUCGUUACUUACACACUGAACUCUUUGUACAAACCCUCGCCAUAGAGAGCCUAAUGCGCAUGUCCAAAUAACCUCAUCUAUUCCACGCCUUAAUUCAUCCACAGAAAUUGUAAUAUUGUGAAUCCACUGCUACAAAUUGCAUUCGUGAAUAAACACAAGAUAACUUACCAAUUGCCAACUAAAUUGUUUAGUUCGUGUUUGCUAACAUUGAUCUCUCGGUAAUUUUUAAUUCAUGAAACGUCGAUGUUGCACAAAUGUGUCAGAGGAGGCGUUGUUACAGCGUCAAUAUUCUUUAGGGAUGAUAAAUUUUCUGUGACGUCGAAGUGCAGCAUUGUUCAUAUGGAAAUUAGUAAAAAAUAUGUAAUCCCAGUGUGUUAAAGUAUUGAAUGAGUGAAAGAUAAAAUGGUAAAUGACGCACAAGUACAGUCGCCGCCAGAUUUGGAUGCGCGUGGCGACGAACGCACAAACGAAAAGUGUGAUGUAAAUAACAGUGUUAAAGUUUUGGAGUAUAAGGGACUGCUCUGGACAUGUGGUUUGAGGCAAAUUUGUUUAACUGCACUCUGGCUUCCAUUAGGUGCUUUAAUAUUUUGUUAUGUGACCGCGUCUAUGUUUCAAGCAGAUGACAUACAUGAAACGCAUUGUAGGGUUUACAAUGUAGUACCAUCAAUUAGUGCGAUUACCGGUAUAAGUCCCCAGAGAUAUAUUUGGAGGAUAUGCAUCGCUUUCCACCUAGGACCAAGGUUGUUGAUAGGUUCCUUAUACUACAACUACCACAAAGAGCGCACGGCUCAUAUUACCGAGGAAAAGGCUCGGACUACGGCGACCAAAUUAGGAAAAGCAUGCUAUUGGCUAAAUUUUAUAGAGCUGUUUGCACUUACAGGCGUAACAUAUAUUUCCAAUAGGGAGAACUAUUUUGUUCAUGAGAAGAUAUUCAUAGUGUUCAUGGUAACGGCUUUGCUGCAUAUGCUAUGUCGCGCCCGCGUCGGAUGCAUCGCAAGCGACGUCGUAGAACCGGUGAGGACCAACAAACUCGUAUGGACACUGUUCUACGUCGCCAUAGCUUCCACCGUGGGACUCAUUAUAUUCUUCUUGCGACAUCGGCUGCUGUGUCGACCUUUAGCAUUCACAUGGUUCUCAGUGUGUGAAUACAUCUUGGCGACGGCGAACAUGGCAUUCCACGCCAUUGUGGUCCGCGACCUGCCUCAGCACGAACUUCAAGUGAUGUGUCCUACUCACAGUAAGACGAACUGAACGUGUACAUACAUAAUUUGAUUGUGGAUGGAUUCGGUCAGCGACGUGUAACGGAAUAUGGUUAUUUGGACUAGACUUUGGCUAAACUGGCGAGAUUAAAAAAAUAUUGAUCAUUCGCUUCCAAAUUUUACAUACAUAGGUAACUUUAUUUAUAGUGAGGCUUCCAUAUUAAAAUUUACAAAUCUUCCGCGAUUUUGUGUUUCUUUUUUUAACUCCACAGAAAAAGUUUGAAAGCGAACGAAUGAUAUUCAAAAAGUGUUGGCUUGGGUUUUGAUUGUUAUAAUGAACGAAUCCUGUAGUUUUAAAGUAGCUUUAUGCUUAAGCAGAGCAAAAAGGGGAUUGGUAAGAAGACGACAUUCGUUAACGUGUAAUUAUGUAUAGCUGGAUGUAUUGACGUCUGUUUCAAGAAAUAAGUAUGCAUGUAAGUAUAUUAAAUACAGUGUUAUGCGCUAUGUAUAAUAUGAAGUGACUACGUUAAUAGAAAACGUAUUAAAAUUUUCAGAAUUUUAUAUGGAGAGUGGCUAAGUAAAUAUGGUUUCCUUUCAGUCAUAGUACCUAAUCAGUUUGUAUUGUUUGAAUUUUAGUAGCGUGCGUAUGCUUACAUGAAACCGCCUUCAGGGCUUUUAUACUUUAUCUGAGACUAAGAUAUGAAUGCUUCUCAAUGAAAGAAAAUACUUACCUCAUAGAGACCUGCUAUCAAGACCGAAAUUAAUAGCGAUCCUUCUUCCAUGUCAAUUUUUUGAUCUUUGAUCAAGCUUUACCAAUUAGCCAUAGAUUGCUAGUUGAUUAUGGUAUUUUACUUAUUAAUUCAAAGAGAUAAUAAGAGUAUAUUUAAUUAGUAAUUACCUAAUAGUCGUUGAAAUAAUGUAGAUAAUAAUUGCCUUAUGUAUUUGAUAAUAUGUAGAUAUUUUGUGUAAUACUGAGAAAAUCGUAAAAUUGUACAGACGUGUACAUUGUUCCCACUGGCUAAUAAAUUAAUAGUAGCUUAAUUAUUAUUAUAUGACAUAGGUAUAGUACACUGCCCACAAACAAAUCGGUGGCUGUAUUUAUAGACUCGUUCUCAUAAUGUGUUCAGAGACCGUCGUGUGUGUUAUUUGUACAUGAAGAUUUCGAUUGCUAUAGACUUAUUAUUUAACACUAGCUACUUCCGCGCGGUUUCACACGCUCUCAGCUCC